AUGAAAAAUGGUGCGAAUAAUGAUCAAGUUUCAAAUGAAGUAGUGAUUAGUGAGAUUAAACCAAAUCAUUGGGGUGAUACUGUGAUAUCAAUCAAGAGCAAGCUGGAACAACUGCCUGUUGUUAAUAAAGAAUGCAAGAUUUAUAGAGUUCCCAAAUUGCUAUGUCAAAUGAAAAAGACGACGUAUGUCCCUCAAGUCAUUUCUAUCGGCCCUUUUCAUCAUGGUUCUAAAGAUUUGAAUGCUACAGAACCUUAUAAGCUUCAAGGUCUUCGUAACUUUCUACGUCGUCUCGAUAAUCAUAAGGAGAAAUCAUUGGAGGAGCUUGUGAAAAUAGCUCGAUCUUGGAUAGAAGAAGCCCGUAGUUGUUAUGUCGAUCCGAUAGACAUGGAUGACUACGAGUUUGUUAAGAUGAUGCUUGUGGAUGGUUGUUUCAUAGUAGAAUUUUUUAUACUUGUAUACAGCCAAUAUACUACUUCAAAUGAUCAUAAGUUCCCUCAAAUUGAUCCAAACGCUGGCCUUCUAUUUUAUCAAGGAAUAAUUCCUGACAUGUAUUUUGACUUGAUAAAGCUCGAAAAUCAACUUCCUUUCUUCAUUCUCCAACGCUUGUUUGAGCUAAUGCCAAAAGAAAACAACCCCAAAUCUCUAAUUCCGAGAGAAUGA